AAGGAACAAAGAAGGAACAUUUCAGACCGGGGCAGGAGACAGAGAGAAAAGACCUAGGAAUUGUGAAUUGGAUCCAUUUCACAUUUUAUGCCGAAUUCCAUAUUCUCUUCCUUAAAAAAAUGUUUUUUAGAGGGAUUUUCCUGUUGCUACUGUGGGUGAGCCAAGUCCCCAUCAGUCAGACUGAGGAGCAAGACACAGAGAAGAAAGUUGGAGAAGUUAAAUCUGGAACAGAACUCCAUUUUGAACAUGAAAAAGAAGACGAGGACUUUAAAAAGAUCUUCUUGGGUCCACGUCUACCUCCCAAAACAGUUUCUACCCAAAUCCACAACAUCACUAUUGUCUCGGUAAUAAAAAACGUAGAAGAGGUUGAGGAGGAGGAAGAGGACGAGGACGCAGUCGAUGAGGAGGAGGGUAGCAAAGAAAGGGAGGUUAAGAAAGACAACGAGAAGAAUAUUAUUAAAGAUCCUGUCCCAACAACAGCACCCGCAACUACACCGCCACCUCUGGAUGACAACAUUUCUUAUGUCUUGUCUCGAAUAGCAGCGUUAGAAUCUGCUAUCCACCGCCUCAAUGUCCAAUUUUAUGGAAUGGAUGUGAAAAUGAACCAGAUGUCGCAAAGUCUUUCAAAGAUACGAACUAAACUCUCUGAAGCAGAAGACACCAUAACUACUGUAUCUGAGCUGAAUUCAAAGAAUCAAAGACAGAUUGGACAUAUUGAAGGUUGUUUGAAAGGCAAACGUCUCUUUAGAAGGUGCUACCUAAUAUUCCAACAUUUUGAGAAUUAUGCUACAGCUCAACAAAAUUGUCACACUCGUGGUGGGAACCUUGCAAUGCCUACAGACCAGCAAGAAUUUGCCGCUUUAGCUCAGUACAUUCACAAUUCCUUCUUCCCCUUCAAUUGGCCUAUAUGGAUUGGAAUUAAUGAUCUACGAGCUGAAGGAAUGUACCUAUAUGAGAAUGGACACAGAGUUUCUUUCUUCAACUGGUAUAAAGAUCACAUGGUGACACAACCAAAUGGUGGAAUACAAGAGAACUGUGUCUCUGUCUCAUCUGACGAUGGAAAGUGGUGGGAUAAUGACUGCUCUAGGAGGAUGUACUAUGUAUGUGAAUACUGAGAGGAAGAUUAAUAUGAUUAGAUGCUUUGUCACAUUCACCUUUUCUAGUAUUCAAAAUGUGCGGAGAUAGUCUACUUCGUUCCAUCCUCAGGUAUCUGUAAUUAAUGGACACUCUAAAAAACUAUAGUACAAGACAACAUUCCACAGAGUAGCAUGUAAAAAAUCAUGUGCAUUGGAACGAUAAAGUGCACAUAUAUAAUACCCCCCCUCCAAAGGAAGUUGAUAGACUCUUUGGCCUCGAUUUAAUAUUGUUGGAUAAGCUUUCCAUAUAAGUUAAUAUUUCGAAAUAAUCUUUUAAAAUAUCAAUAUAUCAACAAAUAUCAGAAUAUUACAACAUUGAAAUGUUUUCAGAAUAUUAAAUAAUUCUACAAGUUUAUCCAAAAAUAUUAAGUCAUGUGAAAAGGGUAUCAGCAAUAUUAAAUUGAGGCCUUUGUCUUCAAAAUGAGAAAUGAGAUACCAGGAAACUUACUGCUAUACAAAACUCCUAAAUCCCUGCUGUGCAAAGGAGUUUGGGAAACUAUAGAGACUGGAAAUAAUCCAUUCGCCAAAAUUAGCUCAAAAGUUUUAUCCAGAUGGAAACAGCUAAUAAGGACUUAAACAGAGCCUUGCACAAUAUUUUAUUUUCAUUAAAGAUACACUACAGGCACCUUAGCUUAAUCAACUUCAGUUUAAUGAAGUAGUUUUGGUGUAUAGAUCAUGCUCCUGCUGUCUCACUGCUCAAUUCUCUGUCAUUAAGGAGUUAAAUAACUUUUGUUUCUGUUUAUGUGGCCCUAGCCACAGCUCUCUUUUUAUCAGAUGUUAAAUUGCUUCAGGUUUUAUCUCCUCCCACUUAAAAAUGAACUUUAAUCAAGAAAUUCUAGAUUAAACAGACUGUACAAUAAAGGAAGUUUAAAUAUUAGAUGUGAUUUUACAGGAAGUUUUUAGGAAGGCUGUGCAAGUCACAUGCAGGGAGGUGUGGCUAGGGCUGUAUAAACAAAGUGUAUAAACUCCUAAAUAGCCAAGAGU